CUAAAAUGCAUCUAAUCACUAUCCUUUCUCUCUUCUUACCACUUUCUGCCUGUGUAAAUUUAGUAAAUAAUCCUCAAUGCCUGUGUCCCUUUCAGGGGAAAAGAAAGAGUAAGCUUUACUGCGGUUUCGAAAUUUCUAACGACACGUGCAUGUAUCAUACGGCGUAUGACUGUACGGGCCUAAAACAACUUCCUAACACGCUCGCCCCAGUGCUUACAUAUUGCUCAAAUUCGCGAUGUGGGAAACUCAGAAUACAGUCAGGAUUUAAUACACAACCCUCCAUCGGUUGCCUUGAUCUGGAUACGGAAGAGUAUUUUAAAGACAUGGAAUCUGGGAAGGCUCCUAAAUGCGAAGGGUGUUGGUUCACUUCGGUUAAAGAUGGGUACAAAUAUGCGGACAAUUUCUUUUACCACGAUUCGUUAGAUGGUUUCUACACCGUGUACAAAAAUGACAAGAAUCAAUGGGUCAACUCCACUUUCUUCAAACUACCUGGCCUAGCCUAGUAAGGCAGGAUUUGCUUGCAUGCAACAUUACGCAAUUUCUCCCAAAUGUACCAAUUUUUCAAUGACAUUCCUUAAUUGUUCUGAAUAACAUGCCUAUUCAAAUUGAAUUCUUAACUCUGUACGCAUAAUAAAUUAUUUAACAAUG